ACUCCGCAGGAGAAGGAGUGAGUCAGCCGACAGCCUGAAUCCCUUCUCCUUCCCUUUUACUCGGGAUGUCUGGCACCUUGGGGACAGUCACCUGGACCCUCUUCCUCCUCCUCCUCCUCCUUGCUCCUGGCCGGGUGGAUGCACAAGCCUGCAGGUACCCGUGCCAGUGUCCCUCCCAGCCCCUGCAGUGCCCCGCUGGCACCAGCCAUGUCUUGGAUGCCUGUGGUUGCUGCAAGGUGUGUGCCAGGCAGCUGGGCGAGCUCUGCUCCCCGCAGAAACCCUGCGAUCAUCACAAGGGGCUCUACUGCGACUUCUCCAAAGUCCACAGAGGCAGCGGGAUCUGCUUAGCUCAUGAGGGAGCGACUUGUGACCUGCUGGGCAAGAUCUACCACAACGGGGAGAGCUUCCAGCCCACCUGCAAACUGCAGUGCAUCUGCAUGGACGGGGCCAUCGGCUGCAUCCCCCUCUGCUCCGACGACGUGCGGCUGCCGUCCCCCGAGUGCCCCAACCCCCGGCGGGUGAAGUUUCGCCAUAAGUGCUGUGAAGAGUGGGUCUGUGAGGGGGGCAGUGAGGAGAACCGCUUCCAGACAGCCAUGGCGGUUUUCAGGGAGGAACCAGCACAGAAACCAGAGUUGAAUAAUCUGCAGGAGAACUGCUUGGUGCAGACCACGGAGUGGAGCGCGUGCUCCAAGAGCUGCGGCAUGGGCAUCUCCGCACGAGUGACCAACAACAACCCCCAGUGCCGCCUGGAGAAGGAGACCCGGCUCUGCAUGAUCCGACCCUGCGACUUCCCCGUGGAGAAAAGCAAGAAGGGGAAGAAGUGUGUGCGGACCCCGAAGCCCCGCCAGAGCCUGCACUUUGAGUUUUCGGGCUGCACCAGCACCCAUUCCUACCGCCCCAAGUUCUGUGGCAGCUGCACGGACGGGCGCUGCUGCACCCCCUCCCUCUCCAGCACGGCGGAGGUGGAGUUCCGCUGCCCCGAGGGGGACUUCUUCCAGAGGAAGAUGAUGUUCAUCAAGACGUGCUCCUGCCACUACGACUGCCCCCGAGACAACGACAUCUUCCUGGCCACCUACCACCGGAGGAUGAUCGGGGACCACGUCAAGACGGAGCGGCAGUAGAGCCCUCUCCCUGCCACAUCCACGGGACGAGGUGUGUCCCAGGGCUCUGCCGCGCUUCCGUGGUUGCAUCCCAGGACCACGCAGCCUCUUCCCCCUCCGUGAGGGGCUGUGCUCUUCAGAACAGCACCGCUCGCCACCAGUGGUCCCAGCGGCCUUGUUAAAAGCCGGGGUGCAGGGGGGGGACAGCCCCAUCUGCCCCAGGCUCCUGACCUUCACCCGUGACGGUGCCAACGGUUGGUGAAGGACCCAGGAACAGGCUUGAGCUGCAAACUUGAUCCAUGUUCCUGCUGACCAGACGGGAGAGUGGAUCGAAGGCACCUGGCUCCAGCCUGUCUCCAGCUGAGAGCUCAGUGGCUACGAUUCCCCGUGGCCACUGGCCUUCCAAAACCACGUGGAGAACCCGGGGCAGGAGAGAGAGGAAGCCCAGGAGGCCAGAGCUGAAGCCGAGCUCUGUAGCCCCUUCCCAGCAGAGCAAGGCUUGUGGAUGCAAACCUUCUCGGUGAGGAAGGUGGUCCCAGCCCCAUAUUGUGCUCCUGCUGAGCUUUGCAAUUAUUUUUUGGCUAAUUGGAUCCAACAAGUUGGCAAAGUUCCCCAUCCUUGUGCCCACCUUUCACCCUCCCAUGUCCUUCCCUGUCAGCAGCUUUGUCCCAGACCAGUUUGCUCCUGGAGAGAGGGAGCAUCUCCUGGGUGACCCGUUCUCUGGGGCAGCUCAAGGAUGAUCCCGUGUCUUGGGAUGUCCUGAUGUCUUUUUUUUUUUUUUUUCC